AUGAAAAAUACCACAGCAGUAACAGAAUUUAUUGUUCUUGGACUGACAGGUGAUCUCCAGUGGCAGGUUGUACUUUUCAUAUUUUUUUUUGUCACAUACCUGCUAAGUGUGUCUAGACACCUGAUUAUUAUCACUCUCACUCUUGCGGAUUACAAUCCUCAGAUUCCCAUGUAUUUCUUCCUUCAGAACUUCUCUGUCCUUGAAAUAUCAUUCACAUCUGUCUGUAUCCCCAGAUUCCUUGUCACUAUUGUGACAGGAAAAACCAUUUCCUAUAAUGGAUGUGUAGCUCAGCUAUUUUUUUUUUUUUCAUUUGGGGGAGUAAUAGAAUUUUACUUUCUGGCUGCCAUGUUCUAUGAUUGCUAUAUGGCCAUCUUCAAACCUCUUCAUUAUAACCUAAUAAGCAGCAGAAUCUGUAUCCUUCUUGUCUUUAGCUCAUGGCUUGCAGGGCUCCUGAUAAUCUUUCCACCAAUAAUCCUUCUGCUGCAGUUGAAUUUCUGUGCCUCUAAUAUAGUUGAUCAUUUUAUCUGUGACUCUUCCCCAAUUUUGCAGCUUUCUUGCACAAACACUCACUUUCUAGAACUCAUGUCAUUUACUUUAGCUGUAGUAACACUCAUGGUCACCUUGGCUUUAGUUACUCUCUCCUACACAAAUAUCAUCUGGAUAAUUUUGAAGAUUCCUCCUGCAAAUCAAAGGAAAAAUGUCUUUUCUACUUGUUCUUCCCAUAUGAUAGUUGUCUCCCUUUCCUAUGGCAGCUGCAGCUUCAUGUAUAUUAAGCCUUCUGCUAGAGAAAGGGUAACUUUAAACAAGGGAGUAGCUGUGCUCAACACCUCUGUUGCCCCAAUACUAAGGCCUUUUAUAUAUUCCCUGAAAAAUCAGCAGGUAAAACAGUCCUCUAAGAAUUUGUCCAAGAAAUGUCUGCCCCCUGCUCCUGGUCCCUCUGCACCAAAAUUACCUCUCACUGCGCGAUCCUCUCUCCCUCUGCCUUCUACGAUACAGGCCUCUCCCAGCAGCUCUGCUCUGCCCUCUGAUACCUUCUCGCCGCCCACCUACCCCACACUAGGUCACAUUCAUUGUGCCCUUCCACCCCACACUAGGUCACAUUCAUUGUGCCCUUCCGGCGAGCAGCGUGAUUUUUCCAGCUUGCCCUGUAAAUGCCAUGCUCGCCAUGUUCGGGCAGCUGCCGCGGUGAUGGAGCACUGCCAUGUUUGGGUAGUUGCCAUGGCAACGAGGUGCUGCCAUGUUCAGGUAGUUACUAUGGCGUUGGGGCGUCGCCAUACUCAGAAGGGUCAUGUGCUGAACCGCCAUGUUUGGUUGGUUACCAUGGUGACAGGGUGCCGCCAUGUUUGUUCUGGUCUUGUGGUCAAUGGGCCCCCCCUUGUGGCUCCUCUUGUGAUCAGCAACAGCCGCCUUGUGGUGGUCCGCAUGGUGACAGCCCACAACAAUCCUCUCAUUUCAAGGCAUGCAGUGCAAUGCCAUCUACCUGUGUUUCCUCGUCCCAGGAUGAGCGGCAGCCACUCUAGUUCUAUAGCUGCUCUUCAGAUAAUUACUCACAUGCAUCUACCGGGUGGAUAG